ACGUGGGAAACGCAUGGAUCCAAUGUUGUUAAAAUUUAGCAGGAAUAAUGUUACAGUUCAGGGCUGUCAGAGAAUAAAGCAGCAGAAUGACGUUUACAACGGAGUUGUCCGCUACUAGAUGCUAGCGCCGAUAGCUGUUUGACAUUCGUAAUGAAUGAGUCGAAAAGGAGGCAUAAAACUGUAACGGGAUAACCCUUUUUACUUUCAUUCCACAUUAUUAUUGCGCCAGUUUACAACUGACUACAGCUUUGGCAGCAAGCUUGGAGUUUUCUAGCUGGUCCAAGCUGAUCUGGGAAUAUAUGCAGAUCCCCGAUUGCUGAAGCAGUCUUCCAGAAGAUGGCAACCGAAAACGGAGUGGGUGAUGAUUGGAUCAUAGACAGCGGCGCCGUGUCCGACUGGAACACGGGCAGCACACCAGACAGCCGCGCUCUGGCCUGCCUCAGGAAUCAUGUCACUGAGACAGAUCACAGGGCCCGACAGGUGACAAAAGGAGAUUUUGAAACUUUUGACUACAUUCUAUGCAUGGAUGAAAGCAAUUUAAGAGACCUCAAGAGGAAAGCCAACGCGGUGAAGAACUGCAAAGCUAAGAUCGAGCUCCUUGGGAGCUACGACCCUCAGAAGCAGCUGAUCAUCAAUGACCCAUAUUAUGGGAGUGACAAGGAUUUUGAAGUCGUUUACGAUCAGUGUCUUAGAUGCUGCAAAGCCUUUUUGGAAAACAACUCUUGAUGCUUCUGCCUGAGUGGUGUUGGUCAGUAACGUCACAGAAAUGUCGAUGCACUUUCGUCGCAUUCUCGUUAGCUGUUGCUUUAUCAACUGCUAGUUAAAACUAUAAUAUGAAGGUGAUCACUUAUGUUGAAUAUCUAAAUUAAAAACAUGAUUGUUUAAUAGAACAUUGAUUUGUCUGUCAGUAGUUUUAUGGAAAAAAAUAUUGAGCAGUAAAAUCAUCGCUAAUGUAAAAAUCAAGAUUUAUCUCCCUUGGUUCAUAAAUACUUGUGGUCAGCUUUCAUUUUGUGAUCAAAAUAAAAAACAUCUCCUUCCAGAGC